AUGCCGGCCUCCUUGAGGGAGGGAACUGACUUGGGCUUCUGGUGCUUUUCUCUCUUCCAGCAGCUGGGGGAGGCCGAAGGAGGAGGAGACGCUGCUGCCACCACCACCACCGCCGCCCCCUCGGAGACCCAGCUAGCCCAUGCGUGGCCCUGGUUUCUGCCUGGCCCGGAGGACCUGCAUUCCGCCUCUGGGGCGUUGCUCCGUCAGCAGCUGGAGGAAGAGAUGAGAGAGGUGCAGAAUUAUGUCGAUCACGUCCGGGCCUUGACGGAGGCGCGGGAUGCUCUGGCGGCAGAAUACGAGCGGGAAAACGAAGCGCUGAGGAUGAAGUUCACCCAGAUGCAGUUGGAACACGAGUCCCAGCAUAAGGAGGUGGCCGAGUUGCUGGCGCUGGAGGGCUUGGCCAGCAUCGUCCACAGCAGCCCCAGCGAGCAGGUUGCCUACUUGCUGGUGGAGAGAAGCUCUUUGCUGGAGCGGAUGGAGGCUCUGGAGCAGGAGCUGGGGACCCCCCACUGCCUGGGGAGACCCUGCGUGGCUUCCCUACAAGUGCAGGAUGAAUGGCAUCUCUUUCAUCCGAGGAUAAAGGAGGGAUUUCACCAGCUACAGCAAUCCCUGCACCACAUCGAAGGGAUGGUGAGCAAAGGGAAAAAGAAAAGAAAUGGUGAGGAAAACGUGAAAGAAAAAGGCCCUGAUCCGGUCUGGGAAGAGGCCAAGCGAGGCUUGGAUGGAGCCCCAGAGAGGCUUCGGAGCGCCCAAGAUGGGAUCCCAGUGCUGGAGGAGGAUCUGGACGUGGCAGAGGGAGAGCGAGGGAAGCUGCGUGGCCCGGUUGGAGCCGAGAACUGGCCAGGAUCGCUGGGCAAGGAGGAAGAGAGGGCCGAGCAGCCCGUUGAGCCCUUGGCAAAACCUUCACUCCCCAGAGAACCCUUCUCGGCCCUGGACCCUGAUUCCGGCACUGCGUCCGAGCUGUGGAAGGCCAGAGAGCAGAACCUGCCGACAGAUAGACUGCCGCUGCACGACCGGCUUUGCUUUCGAGAGGCAGAGAAAUGGGCCCCUCCGGGGGGCUUGUCAGCCAGCAGAGAGGCAGCCAGCGACCUGGGAGGCAGCUUUAAGCACGAGCUGCGCAGCUCCAAGGCUGAGCUUCUCCGCCUCUACGGGGAGCUGCAGGUGCUGCAGGGGGCCACAGAAGAGCGGGGGUCUCUGCACCUGGCUCACGGGAAGCUGCUGCAGGAGAACGGGCGGCUUGAGGCCAAGGUCUUGGAGCUCUCCCACGAGUGCGAGCGCCUGAACCAGCGUCUCCUGAGAGAGAGGGAGGAGGAGGAGGAGGAGGAGGGGGGAGUUUUGGCAAGCAGACUCUCCUGCCCCGAAUUUCCAGCCAGGGUGAAGAUUUGUGAAGAAGAUCAGAUGCCGGACCAGGGAGCAGAUGGACAGCCAGUCUGCCUCCCUUUGUCCGAAGCCAGCAGGAUGGCAGAGCUGGAGAAGCCGGUCCAAGCCAAGCAGGGAGAGGAGGGACCCUUCCUGGAGGGGGAGAUCCUGGCCGUGAAGCGUCAGCUGAGCGCCCGCCGAGAGAGGCACGGAGCUGCGGCCCAGCCCUACCCGCCCCGCCCUGCCCUGGGACGCGCCGGUGGGGACACGGAGCAGGUGCGGAAGGGGGGCCACCCCGUGGGGAGAGGGGGAGCCCCCCCACCCUUUCCUCAUCACCUCCCCUCUGCACGCAGGGAUCCCCCCACAAAGGAGCCCCGCAGCCGCCGCAGGAAGAGCCCCCGGGGCUGCUUUGGGCCCCCCGACAGGCCCCGAGCUCCAUAGAAGCAGCUGAGGCUGGAGCAGGAGAGGACUCUGGAACUCAGGCUCCAGAAUCUGCAGCUGCAGCAGGAAAACAUGAAGGGGCAGGCCGAGCUGAGGCAGGCCCAGGGGAAGCUGCUGGAGGCCUCCAGGGCCUGUGGGGCGCUGGCCUCGCAGGGGGAGCUCAGCCAGCAGCAGGCCAAGGAACUCGAGCUGCAGCUGCUCCGGCUGUCCCAGGCCGCCAAGCAGCAGAGCCGCCUGCGGGAGCAGCUGACCCAGGCCGAGAAAAGGGUGGAGGAGUUGGAGCGGAGGCUGCAGGAGAGCCGGCAGCUCUCGGAGUCCCAGGCCGCCCUGGGCAGGAGGCAGCUGGAGGAGGAGGCCAAGGAGGCCGAAGCCCGGCGGUCUCUGCAGGAGGAGCAGAAGAUGCGGGAGCUCCUGGAGCAGCAGCGGAGGCUCUGGCGGGAGAAGGAGGCCCAGCUGCUCCAGGCCCUGGCUGACCGGCAGGCCCAGGUCCAGCAGCAGGAGGGGAAGCUGCAGGCCCUGGAGGACGAGAGGCGGGUCCUCGCCAAGGAGCAGCUGCACUGCCAGGGCCAGAGCCAGAGGCUCUCGGAGCAGCUCUCCGCCCUGCAGCGGGAGAAGGAGGCCCUGUGUGAGGAGCAGAGGCAGGUCCUGAGGCAGGUGGACCUCUCCCUCAGGAAACAGAGCGAGCGGCGCCUGCGGCACAAAGCCCGGCUGCGGCAGGCGAAGGAGAGGCUGCUCAGCGAGGUGAAGCUGCGUGACUCUCGCAUCCGGCACCUGGAGAGCGAGGUCCGGCUGUGCAAGAGCCAGGCCGAAAAGGACCAGCUGCUGAUCCGGCGGGUGACGAGCGAGAACGAGAGCCUCUUGCGAGAGAAGCGGAAGAGCCUGGAGCAGCUGCACAGCCUGGAGGAGGCCAAGCAGAGCCACGGCCGGGCACUCCGCACCCUCCAGAGCAGAGUGCAGCUUCUGGAGGGGGAGAACAGGCAGCUGCAGGACCGGGCCCUCCAGCUGAGCCUGCAGGUGGGCAUCCUGGAACGGGCCCUGCGCACCAUCCACGUCCACAGCCUGGAGGAGCUGAAGAGCCUCGGCUUCCCCGACUGCCCACUGCAGAGGAAGCUCCUGCCCUUCCCCAGCCUCAGCUUCUCGGUCACCCGGCUCUUGGACCCCAGCAGCCUCCGCCAAGCCAUCAAGGAUGGGCCGCCGGCGGAGCCCGGUCAAAAAGCCCUGCUCUCCCCCCUGGCCUUCCAGACCCCCAGGAUCGGCUGCGUGGACGUCCCCAGGAACCUGCCCGACUUCCGCGAGGACGAGCCCGGCCACCCCGUCGGCUGAAGGGCCCCGAAGCCUCUUCUCUGUCCUCGGCUGGGCUUCUCUCCCUCUGCCCCA